GUGAAGAACAACCUGCUGCACGGACAUUGCCUUCUUUAGAGAUGCCACACGUCUUUGUGAGUGGAUUAGGCAUUAACAUGGUGUCCACGCUGACCAGCACGGACACACUGGAGAGGAAUGUGCCUUUAAUACGCCUGGAGAAUGACGCUGACCUGAGGGAAAUCUAUGAAUUUGGAAGGAAAUUGGGUCAAGGUGGCUUUGGAGUUGUUUAUGAAGCCACCCAUAUUGAGACACAGACAAAAUGGGCUAUUAAGACGGUUGUAAGACAAGAGGCAGGAAGUUCGAAAGUGGAGAUGAUGGGCCAUGAAAUAAACAUUCUCAAACAAGUGAAUCAUGCUCAUAUAAUACAUCUCCAGGAAGUGUAUCACACGGCUACGAUGACUUAUUUAGUUACUGAGCUGUGCGCUGGAGGGGAACUGAAGCAGCUGUUGCAGCGGAAAAAGUUCCUUACAGAGGACGAGACGAGGCAUAUCAUCUGUAGCUUAGCUGACGCCGUUGUCUACCUUCACAAAAGAGACAUAGUGCAUCGGGACUUGAAACUUGAGAACAUUCUUGUGAAGAAUGCUCUCAGUGAGGAUGAUGGUGGCAUAAUUAAUAUCAAGGUGACAGACUUUGGAUUAUCGUUGAAGACAAGUGGUCUAGGGAUUGAGAACACAAUGACGGAGACCUGUGGGACUCUUAUCUAUAUGGCACCUGAAGUGAUGAGUGGCCGUUGUUACAGCCAGUGGUGUGAUGUGUGGAGCAUAGGAGUCGUUAUGUACAUUUUGCUGUGUGGGAAGUCUCCGUUUGUGUCCAAAACAAAGACAAACCUACUUGAGGAGAUUAUGAAAAGAGGAGUCCGAUUCAUUCAACCCAUCUGGGCCACAGUCAGUGAUGCAGCAAAAAAUAUUUUGGCUUGCCUUCUAAAGGCGGACCCUGCCUACCGCAUGUCCGCUAAUCAGCUAUUAGAAAACCCCUGGAUUACAGGUGACACUAAUAUGCCCGCGAUGCCGUCCAAUGUGCUGGAGAUGAUGCGCAACCACCUGGAACUGAACGAGAGAACACAGGAUCUGGAGGACUUGUCCCUCUCCUCUUUUGAUGGCACACUGGACCCAUCCCCGCUCCCCGGGGUAGCUUCAACAGAAACAGACGGACUAUGCCGGAGACUCGCUGAGGAAGGCAGAAGCUUCCACACAACCUCCACAUCCUCCAAACCGACUAAAGUGAGUGGUGGCGUCCUUCAGCGGGACAAGCAAAAAAAUGGCCCUGAAACCCCGGGACCGCUUCAACACACCACACAGGCUCAUGCCAGGCAGAAAUCCUCCACCCAGCUGAGUGCAAAGCAGCACAGGCCUCAGGACAAGAAGGACGUCAGUACAGGACAGAAACCAGCCUUCGACCUCAGUAAGGUGGACGACCAGAGACCUUCCAUCUCCAGUAAAAGUAGGACUGCCCCCCGCAAACUCUAAGAAAAUACCCCUUCAGGUAUCACGGUCAAGGUCAUAUCACUUGAGAACGAGUUAGAGAACACUAGUGAGAUCAAAGUGAGCACACAAGAGUUGUUCCCUCUUGUAUUCUCAUUUUAUUUUGCUUGGGAAAAAAAAGGGUAACUUGAUGUACACUUUAUUGAUUGUAAUUGUGUUUAUUUAAUGUCAUACUGUGAUUUAGCAGGCAUGUGAAUGAAACAGCUGUGAAUGGUGUCACCUAUUUGGUGUAGACCAGAGACUAAGUAUUGACAGCAGUGUCAAAUAAAUGGGCUUCUAAUGCAGAUGUGACAUAGUACAAGAAGUCCAAGACCACUGCUACUGAGGGUCCAGCCUCAGUGGGGCGCCGUGCCAAAGAGAAGGGCGAAGGGAAGAUGGGGCCAAACUGUUGGACUAAUGUUUACAGUUGCACAGCCAACUGUAUGUCAUCCAGUCCAAAUACAGCAGCAAAUCAUGACACCUCUUUAUUAAAGACACUGUUAACGUCUAUUCCAUAAGGAAAUGAGCAAAUCUCUUUUGUUAAAGGUAAAUGUUCAUUUAUUACACUGGGAACAACUAAUUAUUUGCUGGAGGCAUGCAAUAAUCUGGUAUAAUAGUUUCAACAUCUAAACAGACAUUUUUGUCAAAUGAAAUGUACAAAUUGAUUCACACAAAUUAGCAUUUGUCAGACACGUGUGAUUACAAGUGUGUACGAGUGUAUUACUAUAUAUACUUAAAAUGUGCCAAAUAUAAAAAAACACAGAACUGUUGCAGAAUUUCAUUAUUUAUUUUUAAACAUAUUUCAUUUUCCAUAACAACAUACGUGUUAUUGUUUUAUAAUUGAAUGUGUUAAAUUGCAGAGAAUACUCCUAAAGAGCACAGGACAUUUCAUUGGAAAUCAUUUCAACGCCAAAGUGACCUCUCAAUUCCAAAACGCCCUAUAUGCAGUGACUGCAUCCACUCAGUGUCAAAACAGAAAACCCGUCACACAGGCUGGUUACGCUCCGUAUGAAUGCAGAGGAUUGGGACUGAGAGCAGCCACGGGUCUAAUCUCGUUUGGAGGCCAUUGAAAGCAGUAGGAGCUACUUUGAGGGCACUGCCAUUCAAGCACAGGUUUUUCCACUGGAGAGAGAAUAAUCCCCAGCAUAGAUACAACAUUAAAGUAGUCAAGCAUAACACACAGAGGCUGAAUUUCAAAUCCACCCAUUUGCAUCUUGAAGUGAAUGAGUUCCAACAAUGGAGCUUCUGUGUUCAUGCGCAGGCUCUGUGCUUUAGCGUGCCGAUGUCGUGUGCAUUCGUUAAAACCGUUUUCAAGGUGUAUUUCUACGAUGCAGGUAAUUGUCUUAAAAGUGUGGACACAGUUUGUUAGUUACCACAUUUGUUCCAGGUGGACAAACUGAUCUCGGGUGAUAGUUAUUAACAUAGCGAGCAGUUUUUCACUGUCUUUUGUCAGAUGUUUUUAGAAUAAAACAGACAAUGAGAAUUCACACAUGACAUGAAUUAUCUUUGAUUCAUGCUGCUUGCCAAAAGACUGCAACAAUCUUCAACAUUAUUGACAUACUGUCUGCCUUUGGUUUACUCAGACUGGUGUAAACAGCAGAUGGAGCUGUAGUAAGUGUCUGAAUUCAUUUCCUGGAGUUAAUCUGACAGGAGAGUGCUAUCCCUAAAGCGUACUACCUAGUUUUGUGCAUGAAGAUGAGUAAUUAGAAUUGAUUGCAUGAGACACUGCCCGUUAAUACUGUGAUGUCAUGUAACUUGUCGCUAAUGGAUAUGGUGUAUGGUGAUGUCUUCAUGGUCCGUUCAAACUAAAUAAAUGGUUAAGACAU